AUGGAAGGCUUCCGCGCCCUGUCGCAAGACACGAAGGUUGCCAUCUGCAGCGUGCCGCUAUCUCAGCCCUACUUCACCUACACCAUCCUGCUUAUUUGGACCAUGACGUGCCUCGCGGAAAUUCGGCGUGCAGUGAGGCUGCUUUAUGCCACGCUGAUCUCGAUUCCAACAGUCACGUACGUGGAAGAAGUCUUGGAGGAGACGACCAUCAAAGGAAUGACCAGAGGCAUGAAGUUCUUCAUCGGCAUUUUCUGCUUCCUACCCCGCAUCGCCGCGACGAUGCUACUGAACUUCCUGGGCUGUCGCUGGCUCCUCUCGACGGUCAGCCUGCAGGACCUCUUCUUGAACUCCUUGGCUCUGGAGUUCAUGGUUGUUCUGCCAGAGCUGCUUUACAACACCUUCGCGACCGACCGAGGACAGAAGUUGACGCAAGCCACCAUUCUCGCUGGCGACAACGCAUCUUCGCCCAAAGGCACUAGCCUUCUGGUUGCAUCGAUGUGGGUCUUCGCAGCGCUCUUGUGGGUGUACCUCUACAUGGUGUACGUGCAGCAAGUCCUUCCAGGCUACAACUGGGAUGUUCGACCGGUCUGCCGAGCCAACCCAGAAGUUUUCGCCCAAGAGACGUUUA